UAUUAAAAUUAUUUUAUAACUGUUAGUCUUUUAAUUUCUUAUACGAUUGCAUUUUUUUUUGUAAUCACUAAUCAUGUCAGUACUAACAUUAUGUUUUGGGAAUUGUGGAAUACAACUUGCCUACUCUUUUUAUUCUAAUAUUUUUAACGACAAUAACAUAUCCGAUCCUUUAUUAUCAAGUGAAUUUAAUGAAGAGUAUAAAAAUGCCAGUGAAUCAAUGUUUUUUGAAAAAAAACCCAAUCAGUAUUUUGAGCCUAGAUCAAUUUUAGUUGACAUGACUGAGAGUAAUGUUGGAGACGUGUUUAGUCGACCUAAAAAUCAUCAUUGGGGAUUUAACCCAAAUUCUUUUGUGUUUAAUACUGUUGAAGGACCAACUAACAACUGGUCUUAUUAUUAUUAUAUAAAAGGUCCAGAAAUGUACGAAGAUGUUUCAAAUAGGCUAAGAUUAGAAAUAGAUAAAAUAGAUGUAAUUAUUAAUUCUCUUUUGAUCAUAUUAUCUCCAUCUGGUGGUUGUGCUGGCACUGCAUGUUAUAUUAUUGAAAAAUUAAGAGCAGAUUAUCCUAAAAUUUCUUUCAUUAUUGUUUUUGUUCGUCUGUAUGAGACUAAAGACGCCAUUCAAAAUUAUAACACUUUAUUUUCAAUGAGUAAACUGCACAAUUUAUCAGAAUGUAUUUUUUUAUUAGAAAAUUCACUUUUGUACAAAGUUUCACAAGCGGGACCUUUUGAAAUCAAUAUCUCUGUGGACGAUUUAAAUCAAUUAGGUAGUAAACAACUUGCUUCUAUUUUUCAACCAGUAGAAAAUCAACAUUUUUCCUAUUUCUUGUCACUUGUACUGGAUGACAAAUAUAAAUUAUUGAAAAUGAUAUCAUCUCCUAAUAACAGAAAAGAAUUUUCUUUGUAUGAAUCGGCACCCAGAUGGGAAGCAAUUAUAAAUCAAACCAUACGUUCCAUGAGUGUCACAUCGUGUAUGUCUCUUGGAAAUUAUAUUGUGUAUCGUGGUAGUGCUAAUGAAAAUGUAACAAAAUUAUUUAAUUUUGAAAAAUUAAAAACUAUAUCAUUUCCUAAAACAACAUUGGAAGAGUCCAAAUAUUCUCAGUUAUAUCAAAAUAGACAUUUUUUGGGUUCUAAAUAUUUAAGUGUUUUAUCCAACAGUUCAGCUAGUGUUAAUUCGUUAAAUAACGUUUUGAAAUUAGCUAACCGGGCAUUUCUACAUAAAGCAUUCAUUCAUCAUUACAGUCAAUAUAAUACGAGUAGUAGUGCUUUCCAAAAUGCAUUUUCAAUUACUGACAAAAUAGUUAAAGACUAUUAUAAGUUAGAGUAAAGAUAUAAUUAACAGUAGAGCUGUGCGAUUUUUUAAAUUUAAUUAUAUUAAUUACUCGAGUUGAAAAUUUUUUUUUGUUUUUAAAGUUUGAUUAAUCAAAAACUAAUCUACUUAUCAUAGUAUAAUAAAUACAUUACAUUACAAUUAUUGAUUACCCUAGUUUUUACACCUGAUAUCAACUGAUU